AUGCGAGCAGUUCUACCCAAAGAGCGUUCAUCGUCAUGGGGCGCACUCACGGCGGCACCAGACUCGAGCUCGGGUGCAAGUCCAUACAAUCUGGCCUGUGGACUGCGUGCCGUCUAUCAAGGAAGCGCCUUCUUGCCAGCAUUCGUUGUCGAGGGUUGCCAUGGUAGGACUUAUCCACCCAUCCAUCUAUCAUCUCUUCAUUAUAUCCAUAUCAGAUUAUUGCUGACAAUGAGUUGA